AUGUGUUAUUUGGGACAACAAAAUUGCCACUUGUGUUCAACUACAAAUGAUUAUAAGGCUCAUUGCAUUGAUUGUUAUCCACCUUAUCUUUUGGAAACAAAUCAGGGAACUUGUUUAAAUUGUUCAACAUAUACAUAUUACGAUAAUAACACCAAAAGUUGUUUACCCAAUGGUAUCAAUUGUGUCAAAAAUGCAAAGCAAAAUGGUUGUGUUGAAUGCAACAAUAAAACAAGUUUUUUGAAAGACGACGAAUGUGUUGCAAUCACCGACAAUUGUACAACCAACACUCGUUCAAAUUGUGAGGUAUGCGAUUUUGGCAUUUCAAUUGGUACUUCAUGUUUUAUACAUAAAGAGCAUUGCAAAUACAACAUACAACUCAAUGAAAAACAAGAGAGGUGUUUACAAUGUAAAGAUAGCAACAUUCUCAACACAGACAACACUUGUACUUCAAAUAAAAACAAUGAAAUAAUACGAAACAACUUCACUUUUAUAUGUGAAAAUGGAUAUUUCAAGAAUAAAACGAAUAGCUGUGAAGGUUGUUCAACACACAACGCUAAGAUUUGUGCUUUAAAUUUGACAGAUAAUUUCAGUGUGUUUUUGUGUCAAAGUGAAUAUGUGAUAAACAUUGAAAACAACACGUGUACAAGUGACACCAAUUGUAACACGAUUGAUGGAAGUGACUGUACUGCCUGUGACAAGAACAAGACUUUAAAACGAACAAAGAACAGAUGUGUUGAUUGCAACGAAAAUAAUUCACACUCAAAUUGUGAAGUAUUUACAGACACGUGUGAAUGCAUUCAAUGCACAAAUGAUACGCUUUUAGUCAAUGGAAAUUGUGUGUUAAAAAGGGAAGUGAAUUGCCACAAGACAAAUGGGUACACCUGCAUCCAAUGCAACGAAAAAUACACACGAAACAACCAAGACGACCAUUGUGUAUCAUCAGAACAAUUUGUGAGAUACUCAAUGCACACAGUUGUUAACAGCUCUCAUCAAACUGUUUUUGAGUGUGAAACAACACACUUUUUGAGUGAUGGAAAUUGUGAAAGUGUUAUUGGUACUAACAUAAAGGAUCAACCAAUUCAAAAUUACAAACAAGAUGUGGAUAAUACCAAAUAUUUAAUGAAUGAAAAUAAUGAUAGCACAAAUUGCAGUUAUCAAAACGAGAAAGGGUGUCUUUCAUGCAACAAUGGAUAUUACUUGGAAAACAAUAAAUGUGUUAAAUGCUCCAACAAUUGUUCGACUUGCUUCAAUUCAACACUUUGUCUGACAUGCAACAACUCAAAUAAUUUGUUACUCAAUAACAAGGGCGAGUGCAUCGUCACCGAUUUUGCAAUAAGUUGCCAACAACCGAUGGGCAAUGGUGUUGGAUGUGCAAUAUGUAAAGAUGGGUAUUACUAUGACCAAAAGUUUUGUUAUGAAUGUGAUAAAUCGUGUGCAAUCUGUAAAAACUCAAUUUCGUGUUCGUUGUGUGCAGACACAUAUUUUUACUAUAAAAGAGACAGUGACUUGUGUAUCACCUAUGACAAGUUAAUUGGGUGCAAAAACAAGACGUCACAUGGCUGCGAUGUGUGUCAAACCGGGUAUUACCUCACAGAUCCGUAUUGUUUUAAAUGUGCAGAAAACUGUCUUUCAUGCACUUCACUGAAAUCAUGUGAGAUAUGUAAUGCCACCGAUUACGUCUUAAAAGAUGGCAUUUGCUUGUAUUACACUGAAAUUGAAUUUUGUACUUCCGCGUACAAUGGAUACUGCACAUCUUGUGAAGGAAUGAAAAACCCGUCAGAUGAUGGUUUGUCAUGUGUGGAAGACAAAUUGAUUAAAUUAAAACGAAUUGGUAUACCAAUCAUAGUCGUUGCAAUUGUAAUUAUCAUCAUAUCAACAACAAUGAUUUACAUUCUCUUCAAUGUGUAUAGCAACAACAAAAAUAAAAAGAAGACCCAAAAUGUGUGUGUUUUCCAAAUGAAAAAAUCGAACAUCAAAUUUGUCAAAAUAUCGAAGGAAAUAUCAACAAACAAAACAGAACUGAUUUUUGAAAGUGAAGAUGAGAGUGGAGAGAUACCAGUAAACGAAUUUUCACGCGAGUUGUUGUGUCUUGGCAACAACACGACACAUCAAAUAAAAAUGCAGUUGAAAAUAAAAGAAGGGAAUGAUGUUUAUGAAAUCCAAGCCAAUCCCCCUCUUGUGACAUUGAAACCGGAUUAUGCUUGCGAAUUUGAAAUAUCUAUAAAACCAAAUUUCACAUCAAAAAUAGAAGACAAAAUUGCGUGUGUGACUUUAAACAUCACCAAAGGAACAGAAGAUGUCAUUGAAAUACCAAUCAGAGCAACAACUGUCAUGUCAUAUCGUCUUGAUUAUCACGAAUUGAUAGAAGAAAAUAAAAUCGGGGAAGGAUCAUUUGGAAUAGUUUAUAAAGGCACUUUUAGAGGAAAUGUUGUUUGUAUCAAAAAGAUGAAAGAAAUGUUAAUAAACCAAAAAUUACAAGAAAAUGAAUUUGAGAAGGAAGUUUCAAUGUUGGUGAAAUUUAGAAGUGAGUACAUCGUCCACUUCUUUGGUGCAGUCUUUGUGCCAAAUAAAGUGUGUAUGGUCACCGAAUUUGCACAAUUUGGGAGUUUACAAGACUUGAUAAAACACAAAACAAGUGAUGAAAUUAACAUGAAACUUAGAGUUAAAAUAAUACUUAAUGCUUCAAGAGGAAUUCAAUAUUUACACAACAAUGGGAUACUCCACAGAGACAUCAAACCAGACAACGUUCUCGUGUUUUCACUUGAUAUUAAUGAAAAAAUAAAUGCUAAGUUGACUGAUUUUGGUUCAUCAAGAAAUGUCAAUUUAUUGAUGACAAACAUGACAUUCACAAAAGGAAUUGGUACUCCAGUGUAUAUGGCGCCUGAAGUGUUGAAAAAAGAGAAGUACAAAAUGUCAUCAGAUAUCUAUUCGUUUGGAGUCACCAUGUUCGAAGUGUUUGGGUGGGAAGAACCUUACAAUAAAUUGGAAUUUAAAUUCCCUUGGAAAAUCGCUGAAUAUGUUAUAUCUGGAAAACGACUUCCAAAGAAAGAGUCAAUAACACAAGACGAAUAUAUUUUGAUAUCACAGUGUUGGGAUAGUAAUCUAAAAAUACGGCCAUCAAUCGAUGAUGUUGUUGAAAAACUGGAGAGGUUAAAUCUAUAA